UGGUGUGUACUGUAAUGAAAUCAUGAUGCUAGCUAUGAAAAUGACGUUUAGCUUCUGGGGUGUGUGUAAAAAAGGCCACCUGCAUUGGACACAAGCUUUCAUGCCAAACUUUGAACUCCUCUAAGGAGCUCUGUUGGACUUACCACAUAAAUAAAGAGGAAUAAGAGGAACUGUCUGGUGCAUCUGUGCUCUCCCUGCCUUUCACACCAUGAUGUUAGCGACAGUGCUAUUGUGUGCGUGGGCCUUCGCUGGCUCCUUCACGAUUCAGGUAACAAACACAGAGGAGUCUCCAACAAACACCACCAUGAUGAUGCCAUCAAUUGCCAACACCACAAAUUACACAACUCCAUUAACCAUGAUGACACCAACAGACCGCACCACUAUAAGGGUAACAAACUUCACCACUACAAUUCCUCUGAACUUCACCACUGCAAUUCCUCUGAACAUCAUCACUACAGUUCCUCUAAACAUCACAACUACAGUUCCUCCAAACUUCACCACUACAGUUCCUCUAAACUUCACCACUACAGUUCCUCUAAACUUCACCACUACAGUUCCUCCAAACUUCACCACUACAGUUCCUCUAAACUUCACCACUACAGUUCCUCCAAACUUCACCACUACAAUUCCUCUAAACUUCACCACUACAGUUCCUCCAAACUUCACCACUACAGUUCCUCCAAACUUCACAACUACAGUUCCUCCAAACUUCACCACUACAGUUCCUCUAAACUUCACCACUACAGUUCCUCCAAACUUCACCACUACAGUUCCUCUAAACUUCACCACUACAGUUCCUCCAAACUUCACCACUACAGUUCCUCUAAACUUCACCACUACAGUUCCUUCAAACAUUAACAUUAUAGUUCCUUCAAAUGCUAGAACCACAAAAAUGCCACCUAACAGUGCCACCUCACCAGUGACGAUGAAUGCCAACACUGCCACCACUGUUAUGCCAAGUACAGUUCCUCCAAACUUCAACAGUACAGUUCCUCCAAACUUCACCACUACAGUUCCUCCAAACUUCACCACUACAAUUCCUCCAAACUUCACCACUACAGUUCCUCCAAACUUCACCACUACAGUUCCUCCAAACUUCAACAGUACAGUUUCUCCAAACUUCACCACUACAGUUCCUACAAACUUCACCACUACAAUUCCUCCAAACUUCACCACUACAGUUCCUCCAAACUUCACCACUACAGUUCCUCCAAACUUCACCACUACAGUUCCUCCAAACUUCAACAGUACAGUUCCUCCAAACUUCACCACUACAGUUCCUCCAAACUUCACCACUACAGUUCCUCCAAACUUCAACAGUACAGUUCCUCCAAACUUCACCACUACAAUUCCUUCAAAUGCUAGAACCACAAAAAUACCACCUAACAGUGUCACCUCACCAAAGACGAUGAAUGCCAACACUGCCACUGCCAGUGCACUGAUGAAUGCCAACACUGUGAUGCCUUCAAAUAGAACAUCUACAGUACCUUUAAACUCUACUACCACAUGGAUGCCACCAAAUGCCACCUUCAAUCUGCCAGUAAAGGCCACUUGUGUGAUGCCUUCAACCACCACAGUAACGAUCACAAUGAUGACACCAAACAACAACACUGUGAAUCCAUGGAGUUCGACUUCGGCCAACACAACAAUGCCGGGAACAAACAUUACCACGGAGAGUCCAUCAGCUACUACAGAACUACAACAUCACAACAGUACAGUAACUUCUACCAAAACUACCAAAAUGUCUACAGGAACAACACAAUGCAGCAGCCCUGAUGUUCACCCAGAGCUCAUCACCUGCACACUAUCACUUCUACUCUAUCUACUGCAGAACUGAACACUUCUAACAGCAUGAGCCCGAGUGUUUAUUAAGUGUUCAUUUACAGAAGUCAGUGUUUCCUGUUUAAUUAUUCGUUACCUCUCCUGAGGAAAAUAAAUCAAGUCCUUUUCAAGGUCAUGUCAUAGAGAUGACCUUGUAAUUAGUCAUCCCUGUCUGAUUACUAACAAGAAAAUUCUUUCAGGAACCUCUGUGACUUCCUUUAAGAAGGCCUUCUUUAUUUUUUAACACAAUAGAACAGAUUCAGUUCAGUGUACUUCUUUAAAAAGAAAUAAUCUCAUGGUUAUAUAACACAAUAUUACUGAAAAGCUGUGAGGACAGAAUAAACUCUUAUGUGCUAGCUGUUUUUUAAAAUCCAUAAAAGUGAAGAUCUAUAAUAGUGUAGUCCAGUACAGGGCUUUAUAGGGUUAAAUGAUUUUACAAAACAAUAUUCUGAGCAGUUCACAGCAUUUAUUGGUUUUUGUUCACAUGACAUGUAUAUUGAUAAGAUACGUAUAUAGAUAUACGCUAAUGGCUGUGUACUUCUCAGUCUUCAUAGCGACAUAAAGCUAGAAAAAUCUGCUGGAUGUCCCCCUUGAACGUGUCCUGUAGAGAAAGGGUCAUAAAUACUUACAUUACUUUUAACUACAAAAUAUCAUAUUACUGUAUGCUUUAUUAUAAUAAUAUUUAUUUAAUAUUUAAUGUAUAAUAAUGUAAUGUUUAGUCAUGACACAAUUAAUCAGGAUUAAUAUUGCUUAAAUGAGCAUGCCAUAGGAUGUAAUGAUGGGUCAUAUGCUUCUAGUGCAUGCCUGCUAGCUAUGUCUGUUCCUCAGAUACUACACCACACUUGCAUGUUUUAGUGAGUAAGUCAGGGAAGCUGGUGAGGUAAAUCAACAGGCCUUACAAUAUAAAAUAUCUGGAGUAGACCUUCUGUGUAAGGCAAAGGGAGCACACCUUGACCUAAGCAUGUGUCCCCUCUGGGAAGUGUUUGGUAAACAUGGGUUUUGGUGUCUUUUUGCACUUGUGAAGAGAUCAGGUCAUCAGGUCUCUCCCUUUACACUGAGGAUAACAAGUUAAAAAUCCUACAUCAACAUCUGUGCAGCUGUGAGCAAAGAGUUUCUGAACAUAUGUGUUCGACAACUGCACAGAUUGUGUUACAAAACUGAAGUCCCCAAAGUUAAAGCCAGUUCCUUGAUGAGGGAGAACUUCCAGAAUGUACACAUUGAUCUAAAAGAGCAGGCAGAACAUCACUGGGUUUGGUUUUAUAUUCUGUUUGGGUCCCAGUUGGUAUCAACUCUGUUAAAGCAGCUACAGCUGGGACGAUGGAAGGCACGAGAGUCUGAAAGUACUAAUAACCCUCAAAGGAACUGGACAUGAUGUACUCAGACUAUACAGACAGAUCAUUACCCACUGGAUGAAGGUAGGAGUGAAAGUUAUCAUCAUCAGAAAUGAAUAAAUACUCCAAAAAAGGAACCAUGAGAGAGAGAGACCUGUAUGGUGGAGUAAAGAGAUUUCCCAGUGUUCUUCUUGAAUGCCACUCUAACAGCCAGAAGAUCCUCCUCGCAGUGAGACACCAGUACUCCUUGCAUCUUUUGUGAGUCCUACACAAAAACAACACACACACACAAAGUAUCUGCUAUAUUGUCCUUGACCCAGAAUUUACAACUAUACCUUUACUGCUGCAAAAAAACAGUUCAAGGUCAAGGAAACUCUUGCAGGCAGUUAAUCUCAUUUGACCAAUAAACCCUCAUUCAAAUCUGAACAUCUCCACUGCUCAUCAUCCAAGAUGGCUUACUUUCAUAGGCUGGAUUCUCUGGGCCAAGUAAAGAUAUGGGUCCUCGAUGGAGAGCACUGUGCAGAGAUCAUACAGGAAAUUCUUCUGGUUAUACACUUGAAAAGAUUCAAGAUCCAGAGUGUUGUCCAUUCUCACACAAACACCUCACCUAGGACCUGUAGGCCCAGUCUGACAUCUCUGUUGAAGUGUCCACCAAAGUGCUUCUCUAUUUCUGCAGUAACAGGCUGGCCUCGCUCAGCUUCCAGAUGAGUCAGCACUGAAACAUCAGAACAGUCUCAUCAGUGUAGGGAAAAUUACUGCAUUUAAAUAGAUCCUCAAGUAGAAGUGUGUCCUUUAACUGGUCUGUGUCCUGUAACUGGUCUGUGUCCUGUAACUGGUCUGUGUCCUGAAACUUGUCUGUGUCCUGUAACUGGUCUGUGUCCUGUAACUGGUCUGUGUCCUGUAACUGGUCUGUGUCCUGAAACUGGUCUGUGUCCUGUAACUGGUCUGUACCCAUAUGUGUCCUGUAACUGGUCUGUGUCCUGUAACUGGUCUGUGUCCUUUAACUGGUCUGUGUCCUGUAACUGGUCUGUGUCCUGUAACUGGUCUGUGUCCUGAAACUGGUCUGUGUCCUGUAACUGGUCUGUGUCCUGUAACUGGUCUGUGUCCUUUAACUGGUCUGUGUCCUGUAACUGGUCUGUGUCCUGUAACUGGUCUGUGUCCUGUAACUGGUCUGUGUCCUGAAACUGGUCUGUGUCCUGUAACUGGUCUGUGUCCUGUAACUGGUCUAUGUCCUGUAACUGGUGUGUGUCCUGUAACUGGUGUGUGUCCUGUAACUGGUGUGUGUCCUGUUACUGGUCUGUGUCCUGUAACUGGUCUGUGUCCUGUUACUGGUCUGUGUCCUGUAACUGGUGUGUGUCCUGUAACUGGUCUGUGUCCUGUAACUGGUCUGUGUUCUGUAACUGGUCUGUGUCCUGUAACAGGUCUGUGUCCUGUAACUGGUCUGUGUCCUGUAACUGGUUUGUGUCCUGUAACUGGUGUGUGUCCUGUAACUGGUCUGUGUCCUGUAACUGGUCUGUGUCCUGUAACUGGUCUGUGUUCUGUAACUGGUCUGUGCCCAUUUGUGUCCUGUAACUGUUCUUUGACCUUUAACUGGUCUGUGUCCUGUAACUGGUCUGUGUCCUGUUACUGGUCUGUGUCCUGUAACUGGUCUGUGUCCUGUAACUGGUGUGUGUCCUGUUACUGGUCUGUGUCCUGUAACUGGUCUGUGUCCUGUAACUGGUCUGUGUCCUGUAACUGGUCUGUGUCCUGUUACUGGUCUUUAAUCCACAGCUGCCACAAAUUAUUUCAGGUCUUUCAGAUGUUUCUCAUUGAUCAAGUCACUAAUCAGUGCUUCAUGGAUAUUUGUGUAGAAGUGUUUUCAGGUGUGUAAACAUUUCUGCCACUUUACCACUCCUGAUAUGAUCUGGAUCUCUCAUGGUCAGCACUUGAAUCCACGGUGUGAUGUCAGGCUUAGAGUUGUUGAGCUCGUUACAGAGAAGCUGAGAGAGAGAAAUGAUAGUUACACAACAAUUAUCGUAAUUAUAAUAAAUAUAACAAAUAUAAGUGUGUCAUUCUGCUAAACCAGUGAUCUGUGUUGAAGUGAUGCUAACCAUGAUGAGGGAUUUGAUUGUAAUUUGACCGGAUGCACAUGAAUACAAGGAAAGCUACAGGUACUAACACUGCCUCUCUGUGACCAGUUCUAGCCUCUUACACUUUUGAGUCAUGUGACAUUCUGACCAGUAUAAAAAGUUAGCCUCAGACUGUUUAGCUGCUGGUUGAUGAAGUGAACUCGACACACAGGAGAGAAUAAUGACUGCAGCUCCAUAACAUCACCCUUCCUAAGAAUUAUUGCUUAUUUUCCUCUGAUAUAGCGUAUAUUAAUGCACAUGAUUAGUUAAAUUAAGUUAUUAGCUGUUUUUUAUUCACAUUUUUGAUUAUCCAGUUCAUUGACUAGUGUACUUCUAAACCCUCUUGUAGCUCCAUAUACUAUCUACAUUUUUUAAGAUUUUUAAGAUAACUCUAUGGUUUUUUAAUAGAUUCUUCAUUGAUAUAAACUCAGAAUGUUGUCAUGAAGCGACAGAACAUUCCUCAUGUGUUUACACUCUGCACCAUUCAGCCUGUUAUGAAUGUUAAUGAAGUUCACUUUCAGAACAAAAAUCUACAGAUACAGAUUUUUCUAAGAAACUGACCAAUGGUGUGGCUAGAUAAGAGCCUUCAGCUUGGGAAAUUUUACAUUCUGCAAACAGACAAACAGAGAGUAAACAAAUAGGACAAACUCUUACUUUCACAUCCAGGUCCACAUUCUCGGCCACCUGUUUUUUCUGAAGACAGGAAAUUAUAAUGAUUGUAUUUUGAAGAGAAUCCAGAGUGAAAUAAAUGUGAAUAUUUACGUGUCUUCUUCAAAAACACUUUACGUUUGUGUUUGUGGAAUAUUGUGUGGAAUUUCUCAUCGUACCUUCAGCAAAGCCAGCAGCAGCUGCCUGAAAUCUCCACUGGUCUCACUGGUCAGGUCAUUCUCCAGGUCACGCUGAUAUUCUGCCGUAACACAGGGAUCUGAGGUCAUCACUCCUGACUGUACGACUUCCUGAGAUCAUGUGCAUUACUUUUAACAGUGUUAGCUGUGAGACGACGUUUACCGAACACUUGUCUGUUUUUUUUGUGUGAAUGAACUGAUUCUCGUGCUCUAAUCAUUCCAACACUGAUAUCAUGGAGUUCUGACCUGUCUACACUUCUCGAUGUAGUGUUAUAAAGAAUAAAGAUUUAAAUAUGGUGAAAUUUCCUGUGGUCACUUCUGUUAUAGCAGCUAUAAACGCUCCUUCCCAGCCUCUCAUGUUAGCGAGAGGUUUUAGAGAAAAAUUAGACCAGAGCGCAUCAAAAGAUAGAGGAGUUUUAUGAUACCACAUCAUCAAUACAUU